AUGGACGGGAAGUGCCCAGGACGCUACAAAAUCACCACCAUCUUUAGCCAGGCACAAACACUAGUUUUGUGUGUUGGCUGCUCCAUUUUCCUUGGCCAGCCUACAGGAGGAAAAGCAAGGCUCACAGAAGGAUGCUCCUUCAGACGGAAGCAGCACGAAAAGCACCUUGACUCAAGAUGAGUGGGAAACUA